ACUUACACCGGUUUUGGCUGUUUUUACUCUGCUCAUAUUUGUUGGCCCCAGGCCCCUAACGUGAGUCACCUUUUUCACAGUUAGGCGAAUGGUGCGGGGUAGAGAUUCACGUGGAAGGGAUCACCUGAUGGUUCCUAUUGGUACUGACAUGCCAGGUCUAAAUUUUAUUAGAGAAUACAACCACCUCCUCUCCGAUCUGCCCUUGUCACUGCCCCUCCCCGCUGGGCUCGCCUCUUGGCCUGAAUUACUCUCGUGUUGCACAGCAGUCAGGUGUUCCCCCCCCCUCGCUGAACUGCAGCCUCUGCACUGCUCCCCGAGCUGCAGUCUGGCCCGUCCCAGCACAGUCGUUCCUGCUCUGCGGGCAGCCGUCUUGGCCCGGGACUGCCUCUGCCGGGAGCGGGCAGCGAGUUCCCGUAAGGUAGGGUGCGUACGGGCUCUGAUCUGACGCUUGUGCCGCUUGGCUGAGUCACAUGCAAGCCCCGAGGCUUUAGCUGCCCUCAGUGAUCACUUCCCCCUGAGGCAGCGGGCCGCCCCGGCGCUGGCGCUGAAGCUGAACCUUCACCCCCCCGAACUCCAACUUGCGGGGAGCGAUGGCCAGCCGGAGCACUGAGGAUCUGUUUUAAUGCUGGCGGGGGAUCAGUGCUGGGAGUCGGUUGUUUGCUGUCCUCGUUCUGCUGCUAUUCACCUCUCCGGGGAGGAGCGAAGGUUUUACCUCUGCAGGACAGGACAGACACAGCAUGAAGGUCGAGUUUGCUCCCAUCAACAUUCCCCUGGCCAGGAGAAUUCAGACAGCUGCAGUGAUUCAGUGGCUCUUCUCCUUCCUCUUACUAGAGUGAUUCACCAUCUGCUAUGAAAUCCUCCCCUUCAAGGUGCCAGGCUGCAAACCAGGUUGAUGUAGUUCCCACAAACUAUUUUACUCUUGAAAGAGGAAACAUAAAAACUGCACAGUGUUGCUGGGGAGUCUUUAUCAUCUUGCUUUUGGGAAACUACUGGUUCCUCCCUGUCCUCUAUGCACUGUGGCUCUAUCUUGAUUGGGAAACCCCCCAAACUGGAGGGAGAAGAUCAAAGUGGGUCAGAAACUGGACUGUUUGGAAGUACUUUACAGAUUACUUUCCAAUUCACCUCAUAAAAACAUCAGAUUUGGAUCCAAGCCAAAACUAUCUGUUUGGAUUUCACCCUCAUGGUAUUCUUGUUGCUGGAGCCUUUGGAAACUUUUGCACAGAAUAUACAGGUUUUAAAGAAUUAUUCCCUGGUCUUACUCCAUAUCUUCACAUCUUGCCCUUCUGGUUUGGAUGCCCUUUCUUCAGAGAUUAUGCUUUGAGUACUGGGCUCACUUGGUUCCAGUAUUCUCUUUUGGCGAAAAUGAAUUGUUUAAGCAAGUUGCAAACCCCAAAGGAUCGUGGCUCAGAACUUUACAGGAGAGCCUGAGGAAGAUAGUGGGGUUUACUUUACCACUGUUUCAUGCUAGAGGAAUAUUUCAGUACAGUUUUGGCUUGAUGCCUUAUAGGAAACCUAUUCACACUGUUGUGGGGAAACCUAUCACUGUAACACAGAAUUUGAAUCCUACUCUUGAAGAGAUUGAGCAGCUGCAUCAAAAAUACCUGCAAGAACUAAGUAAAUUAUUUGAAGACCACAAAGAAAAAUAUGGGAUACCAGACCAUGAAUCGCUCCUCUUUAAAUAACUGCAAAUUCAGGAUGUCCAGACGUAAGACAGUGGCCUUGUGAUGAAACAAAACAUUUCUCAAUUUGCAACCACUCUUCUAUAUGAAAAAUGUGUGCGUGUGAUAGAUUAAAUUGAUAGCAUUCUUUCCCA